AAUUUCUCUUUUCAAAGCUCGUCUCUUCCAUCAUCACAGAGAUAUUUCAUCUCUCUUGUUUCGCCUCUCAUCUCUCUUGAGAAAAAGGCGGAGUCCCGUCUCCCUCCAUUUAUUCUUCUCUACCAUCGAUUGUCUUUGAGUUCAAAAUGGUUGAUCAAGUUCAGCACCCAACAAUCGCGCAGAAAUCUGCUGGCCAGUUCCUGCGUUCAAGUGUUUCUAAGGACAUCCAAGUGGGUUACCAGAGGCCAUCUGUGUACCAACGACAUGCAACCUAUGGAAACUACUCCAAUGCGGCAUUUCAAUUUCCUCUUAACCCCACCUCACUGAUGGCAGCAAAUUCUUCUCCUGUGUUUGUCCAAGCUCCAGGAGAGAAAGGGUUCACUAACUUUGCUCUGGAUUUUCUGAUGGGUGGUGUUUCUGCUGCCGUCUCAAAGACUGCUGCUGCUCCCAUUGAGCGUGUUAAGCUUUUGAUUCAGAACCAGGACGAGAUGAUUAAAGCUGGCAGGCUUUCUGAACCCUACAAGGGUAUUGGUGACUGUUUCGGCAGGACUGUAAGGGAUGAAGGGUUUGGUUCUUUGUGGAGAGGAAACACCGCCAAUGUCAUCCGUUACUUCCCCACUCAGGCCUUGAACUUUGCAUUCAAAGAUUACUUCAAAAGGCUUUUCAACUUUAAGAAAGACAAGGAUGGCUACUGGAAGUGGUUUGCUGGUAACUUGGCAUCUGGAGGAGCUGCUGGUGCUUCUUCCCUUCUCUUUGUGUAUUCCCUUGACUAUGCCCGUACCCGUUUAGCCAAUGAUGCCAAGGCUGCAAAGAAAGGUGGUGGUGGCAGACAGUUCGAUGGUCUUGUGGAUGUCUACAGAAAGACACUCAAGUCUGAUGGUAUUGCUGGUCUUUACCGUGGGUUCAACAUCUCCUGUGUCGGUAUCAUUGUCUACCGUGGUCUCUACUUUGGACUCUAUGACUCUGUGAAGCCUGUCCUCCUCACCGGAGACUUACAGGACAGUUUCUUUGCUAGUUUCGCGCUUGGAUGGGUCAUUACUAACGGUGCGGGUCUUGCAUCCUACCCGAUUGACACAGUCCGCAGAAGAAUGAUGAUGACAUCAGGUGAAGCUGUCAAGUACAAGAGUUCGAUGGAUGCCUUCACUCAGAUCCUCAAGAACGAAGGAGCCAAGUCACUCUUUAAGGGAGCUGGUGCCAACAUUCUGCGUGCCGUUGCAGGUGCUGGUGUGCUUUCCGGUUACGACAAAUUGCAGCUGCUUGUGUUCGGUAAGAAGUACGGAUCAGGUGGUGCCUAAGCAUCGGGUCCCUUUCUUUCUUCUUUUCCGAUCAUAAUUGCGGUUUAAGACUCGCAAGAAAUUGAGAGAUGUUGAUGAAUUUUUUGGCUUGAGACUUAGGGCAGGCACGAGCCCUAAACCAAUUUUUUGUAUUCUUCUGACGCCAACUUUUUCCUUUCUUUCUGAUUGAAUAAUUCAUGGUUAAGUGAGUCGUUUGACUCUUUGAAUUAAAAGAAUUUUGGAUUAAUU